AUGACUGCCUACAAGACUCCAAUAGGAACAUCCCCUUAUAAGCUAGUCUUUGGGAAGGCAUGUCAUCUCCCACUUGAGCUGGAACAGAAGGCAUUUUGGGCUGUGAAGAUGUUGAAUAUGGAUCUAGAAGCAGCAGGAGAAGCGAGAAAAUUUCAGCUAUUGGAGUUGGAUGAAUUCAAAAAAGAAGCUUACGAGAACGCAAAGGUUUACAAAGAAAAGAUCAAAGUGUGGCAUGACAGAAGAAUAAAGCCAAGAACAAUUGAGGAGGGACAGAAGGUGUUGUUAUUCAACUCAAGGUUGAAGUUGUUUCCUGGAAAGUUGAAAUCAAGGUGGUCAGGACUAUUCACAGUGAUGAAGGCAAGGGAAAAACUCUACCAGUUCACUGCUAUCAUCGCUAAAGCAGAGUCGGGGGAAGUUGAGAAAGUGUGGUCAACCUCGUCGAUGCUGGAACAUAAACCAGGAAUACGAAAAUGA